GGUUUUGCCUGCAAUACAUUUACAACGCGGUACGUAGUAACGCGAAGCCGCCGCUUAUAUGUUAAGAGUUUGGAUUGCGAGGCUGGGCACAGUCGGUCAGUUUGUUGGCUGAGCUGUUCGCGAGCUAGUCGGUUUUAGCCUGUGUGACGUUAGCAGACUAGCUGCGCUGUCCGCCUGGAGCUCGAGCACGCUGCGAGAUCAGGUGCAGCAGCAUGUGAUAUUCCUACAUUUAUGGGGGCAAGUUAACUGAAGUGUCAAGAAGACAGCUUGCCCAUCACUGAGGGACAGUCAUCGUCUAUGUGCAGAAGAGACCGUUUUGGAUUACCUCUAAGAUUUAUCCACCAUAUCAGUUUUCUAUGUUGAGAAGACUGAGAAGGCCUACUGAUGACUGGGACUGAAGACAGGCACACACAUACAGACUCCGAGUGAUGUGACCUUGGCAAGCUAUAUGAAGAGGAGUGAGGGAGAGAGUGAGAGAGAAUAAGCUGACCUAUUUCAGACAAAGAAAAUACAGUGGUUUUUGAAGACUUCCGAGCACCUAGUGUCUGGUCUCCCCUCAGGACCGAGCAAAUAACAUCUCUCUCACAACACCACCCUGGUCUCGAGUCCAAUACUCCAACCCUGAACUGUGAAACUGCGGAGGCCAGGCUGGACUAAUGACGAGCAUGACUUUACGCCAAAGCACAGAUGCAUGUAUGCACUCGGAGUCCACCUGACUGCUACCACCCUCUGCUUCCUGGCUUUUGAAUCGGCCUAUCAGAGGGGUGGUGGGGGUGGGGCUUAGCUAGAGCCCACUCCUGUGCUGACCCUCUGAGUGAGACUGGUGCCUCCUGAUGGACCAGGGUGGUAGCGAGCAGCCUGGGGUGGAGGAGCCAGACUCUGGGGGUCGAGCAGAGCGGGAGGUGAGCAGGAGGGCAUCCGAGCCUGAUCACGGCUUGUCCAAAAUUACCCACAAUGCCUUGGAGAACAUGGGUGCGCUGGGCCAUGGUCUGAAGCAGUUCUUCCAACCUCAACGCAGACGCUCGUCCGUCUCGCCGCACGACUCUGCUUCUUCCUCCACAGGCCCCAUCCCUGAGCCUCCCGAAGCGGGGCCAGAGUUGGGGGAAGCGCCAGCCCUUACGAUCUGCGCCCCUAACUCUGACCUCCAUGCUUCCACACCCCCUGCAGCUCUGAGCCGCGUGCUGCAGCAGAUUCGAGGCCCCCCCAUAAUGAAGAGAGGGACCAGCCUGCAGAGCCGCCGCAGCAAGGCAGGGGGGGGAGGGGAGCCCCCCCAGAAAGGCAGCCCCCAGAUCCACAGGCGCAGCACCCAGGAGACCUUGCUGCAGGCAGGGCGGCCACGCUCCUCCUCCACCACAGAUACACCCAGCAGCCCGGCUUUGGCAGACAUGUUGCUGACUUCUGGGUACCACUCCACUGAGGAGACUGAACGGAUCUUUGAGGGCUAUGUCAUGGUACAGAAGUCCAAACAGUUACCGGCACCUGAGACCGAUGUAGUCGCUCAGGUAGUACAAAGUGGCAAUGGUUCCAAGAUGGACUGCAUUGAAAGUGAACCGCCAAUAACGCAAGAUCGUUUGGAGGUUUCUGGCCCAGCCGUAUCUCCAAACGCUCUGUCAUGUAGUUCAGAUGGUGGUCAGUAUGGUGUGGAUUCAGUGGAUGGCACCCCUGACCCUCAGCGAACCAAGCAGGCCAUCGCCCAACUGCAGCAGAAAAUCCUCAAACUCACAGAACAGAUCAAAAUAGAACAAACGGCAAGAGACGACAAUGUAGCCGAGUACCUGAAGCUGGCCAACAAUGCAGACAAACAGCAGAGCGCUCGAAUUAAGCAGGUGUUUGAGAAGAAGAACCAGAAAUCCGCACAGACCAUCCAGCAGCUACAGAGGAAGCUGGAACAUUACCACCGCAAGCUUAGAGAGGUGGAGCACAAUGGAAUACCACGCCAGCCCAAAGAUGUCCUGCGAGACAUGCACCAGGGUUUGAAGGAUGUGGGUGCCAAGGUGACUGGUGGCCUUUCCAGUUUCUCUCAGGCUACUCACUCCGCUGCAGGUGCAGUUGUUUCCAAACCCCGUGAGUUUGCCUCUCUUAUUCGCAACAGGUUUGGAAGCGCAGAUAAUAUCUCUGCCCUAAAAGACUCUCUGGAUGAACAACAAGGGGAUGAACCUAUACCAAGUGCAGUGACGGCUGGCACCAGGACCCCAGGACCUGGGCAGCUUCAAUCCAGCCCAAAAUACGGCAGUGAGGAUGACUGCUCCAGCGCUACAUCAGGGUCAGCUGGUGCAAAUAGCACCUCUGGCGCUCCGGGAGGGCCUCCAAGCUCAAAGGGUAACACACUGGAGCACGGCCAGAGCUCUGCCUUCGAUGCACUGCUGCAUGAGAUCCAGGAACUGAAGGACAACCAGAAUCGACUAGAAGAAUCAUUUGAAAACAUGAAGAGUCACUAUCAGAGGGAUUAUACCGAUAUUAUGCAGGCUCUGCAGGAGGAGAGAUACAGGUGUGAGCGUUUAGAAGAGCAGUUAAAUGAUCUAACAGAGCUGCAUCAAAAUGAAAUUCUCAACCUGAAGCAGGAGCUGGCCAGUAUGGAGGAGAAAAUCGCAUACCAGUCUUAUGAACGAGCCAGAGACAUACAGGAGGCACUGGAGGCUUGUCAAACGCGCAUUUCUAAGAUGGAGCUUCAGCAGCAACAGCAACAAGUGGUUCAGUUAGAGGGUUUGGAAAAUGCUACAGCACGCACUUUACUUGGCAAACUCAUCAAUGUGCUGCUGGCCGUCAUGGCUGUUCUCCUAGUGUUUGUGUCGACUGUCGCAAACUGUGUGGUUCCAUUGAUGAAAACACGAAGCCGUACGCUUUCCACAGUGCUCCUUGUCGUUAUCUUGGCUUUUCUCUGGCGGAAUUGGGAAGCCAUGUCGCAGUACUUAGACCGAUUUUUGCUGCACCCCAGAUGACCUGCAGGGGAGCUGCUGUUUAAUAAAGGGACUUGAGGUUGGGAACUUUAAGAGGAUGGAGACUAACACUGUCUCAGUUGCACUUAGGACAGAGGGACAUGGCACAUGAGUGGUGGACGUGGGAAAAAUCCUACAACCUCUUCUCUUUCACUGAAGGAGUGCAUUCGUUUACAUUUUAAAGACCUUUUUCUGCCAACAUGAAUUGUGUUGCUGAGUUUCCUUUUAUUUGUUGUGGGAAAUGAUGCAAGUUGUGUUGUUCAUUGUUCUUGUAAUUAUUGUUGUUAGGAUUGUUACAUUGAUGCAAUUUACUGAGUGUGGCGUUGCAUUGAAUUGAGUGGUUUUAACAUGCACUGGAUGGAGAUACUUCUCAUUUUUAAUACCAUAUUAACUGCUCUUUAACCUCCUAACUAUAUUUUAAUCUUUUUUUAUUUAUUUCACUUUCUACUACAGUCUUUUUGUCUUAAUUUCCUGUGCUCAUCACUUCACUUUUUUUCACUCAACCAUUUGCUGCUGUUUGGACUUCACUGCAGUUGUUGCUGAAUGAAGGAAAAGACUGAUUCUGUCAGAGAGGCAUGCGUGUUUGUGUGCAUGCGUGUGUGUGCGUGCAUGCGCGUGUGUGGUUUGAUUGAAUGGGCUUUAGUUUAGACUGGGUAAAAGAACCGGAACGCUUUCAACCACGAGCAGGCCUAGACUGCCCUGUCUUCAUCACUGGCCUAGUCCCAUGCCCCCCACCGGCCUACCUGUAUAGAGGCACAGUUCCCUGCUAUAUGAACUAAACAAACAUACUUGAAGAGCUGGAAAUGCUCAAAGACUUCAGUGCUUCCGUACUGUUUCUUAAAGCGACAAUGAAAUAGUCCUUUUUAGUUGUAUUUUUUAUUUUUAAAAUAAAAAGAAUAAACACGCUGUUUUAAAAAUGCUA